CCCAAAAAAAAAAAUAGAGAUAGAAUAUAGAUAUACACUAAAGAAACAGCAGCUGCCGUAUGUGUGAUUUUUUACAUAAAAGUUAGGGUUUUUAUUAGUUAAUUGAUUAAUAAUUUUGUUUAGAUCUAAUUUAUUCCGAAAAUUAGGGUUUCCGAGAUCUGCGGUUGACGAUUUCAAAUUAGUGAUGGAAGCUAAUAAGCCGUUAAAUCCUAACGUUACUGAUGAUUCGGCUAACGGAAUUGCUAUUACUUUCGAGGCUCGAUUUCAAGAUUUCUGCAAGGGGAGAUUAAUGAUGGACGAUAAGGCGUUAGACGAAGCGAUGAAGCUGUUCGAAAAAAGCAAACAUCUUUUCUUGACUAAUACUUCUACUCUUGGAAGUGGGACGCCUGAGGAAGCGGAGCACUACUGGUUUGCAUUUUUGUUGUUCUCCUUGAAAAGAUUAAGCCACAAGGAUGCUGCGGAAGAUUCCCCUAAUACCAAUGAAAAUGGGUUCAACCUGUGCCAAAUACUUAGGGAGGCAAAACUGAAUUAUGUAGAUUUCUUCAAAGAACUGCCUCAGUUUUUAGUCAAGACAGGUCCAAUUUUAAGUAAUAUCUAUGGUUCUGAUUGGGAAACUAGACUUCAGGCAAAAGAGUUACAGGCCAAUUUUGUGCAUCUCAGCAUUUUAAGCAAGUACUAUAAACGUGCAUUUCGCGAGCUUUUCAUUGUAAGCCAUGAUAAUAUUGAGGGUCAGUCAGCCGUUGCCAAGACUCCGGACUACAUAUUGAACUGUCAUCGUUUUGGAUGGCUACUGUUUCUGGCUCUUCGAGUCCAUGCAUUCAGCCGUUUUAAAGACUUGGUGACUUGCACUAAUGGAUUGGUCUCUAUUCUGGCGAUUUUGAUUAUUCAUAUUCCACCUCGCUACAGAAACUUUAAUAUCAGUGACGCUUCACGCUUUGUUAUAAAGGAGGGGAAAGGUGUGGACCUACUUGCAUCACUCUGUAACAUGUAUGAGACAUCAGAGGACGAACUGAGAAAAACAAUGGUAAAAUCAAAUACUGUAGUGGCAGAUAUUUUAAAGAAACAACCUUGUUUGGCAUCAGAAAGUCAAAAUGGGAACUUGGACAACAUCGACACAGAUGGCUUGACUUAUUUUGAAGGUUUAUUGGAGGAAUCUUCUCUGUCUUCCAGUUUAAGUAUCCUUGAAAAGGAUUACAAUGAUGCAAUAUUCCAGGAUGGUGAAUUAGAUGAAAAAUUGUUCAUUAAUGAUGAUGAAAGUUUGCUUGGAUCAAGCAGCUUGUCUGGUGGUGCAGUAAAUAUGAGUGGUACCAAGAGAAAACUGGAUUUGAUGUCCUCCCCGACAAAGACAAUGACAAGUCCACUUUCCCCUUUUCGGUCUCCUUCGAAGAUAAUGACUAGCCCUGUUAGUACAGCCAUGACAACUGCAAAAUGGCUACGAACAAUAGUUUCUCCACUUCCAUCAACACCGUCUAUAGAAUUGGAACGUUUCUUGUCAUCCUGUGACAAGGAUGUGACAUUUGAUGUCAUUAAGAGGGCCCGCAUUAUUUUGGAGGCAAUCUUUCCCAGUAGUGGCCUUGGUGACCGAAAUAUAAUCUCAAACAUGCAAAGUACCAACUCAAUGGAUAAUGCUUGGGCUGAACAACGUAGAUUGGAAGCAUUAAAGUUGUACUAUAGAGUUUUACAAGCUAUGUGUACAGCUGAAUCCCAAAUACUCCAUGGUAACAAUCUAACCUCGUUGUUAACAAACGAGAGGUUUCACAGGUGUAUGCUUGCAUGUUCGGCAGAACUAGUUCUUGCUACCCAUAAGACGGUUACUAUGUUGUUUCCAGCUGUUUUGGAAAGAACAGGAAUUACUGCUUUUGAUCUUAGUAAGGUAAUUGAAAGUUUCAUCAGACACGAAGAAUCUCUUCCAAGGGAACUGAGGCGACAUUUGAACUCCCUAGAAGAACGCCUUUUGGAAAGCAUGGUAUGGGAGAAAGGUUCCUCGAUGUACAACUCACUGACUGUAGCAAGACCAGCACUUUCUUCAGAAAUUAACCGUCUCGGGCUGUUAGCGGAACCCAUGCCAUCUCUGGAUGCAAUUGCACUGCAAACUAACGUGUCUUGUGGAGGGUUGCCACCUGUUCCUUCACUGCAGAAACGUGACUUAUCACCAGGCAAGAAUAACGACCUUCGAUCACCGAAAAGAGUUUGCACUGAAUAUAGAAGUGUAUUGGUAGAACGGAAUUCUUUCACGUCACCAGUAAAGGAUCGUCUUUUGGGAAUAAAUAAUUCGAAGUCAAAGCUAUUAUCACCUGCUUUGCAGUCUGCAUUUGCUAGUCCCACAAGACCAAAUCCAGCUGGCAGAGGGGAAACAUGUGCAGAGACUGCUGUUAAUCUGUUUUUUAGCAAGAUUAUCAAGUUAGGUGCUGUAAGAAUCAAUGGGAUGGUUGAAAGGUUGCAGUUGUCUCAACAAAUAAGAGAACGAGUAUACUGUCUUUUCCAGCAAAUUUUGAGUCAACGGACUGCUCUAUUUUUUAAUCGCCAUAUUGACCAAAUCAUCCUCUGUUGUUUCUAUGGAGUUGCAAAGAUUUCCCAAUUGAGCUUAACCUUUAAAGAAAUCAUCUUCAACUACAGAAAGCAACCACAUUGUAAACCUCAAGUUUUUCGUGCGGUGUUUGUUAAUGACAGGUCGUCUUCUCUGCGCCAUGGGAAAACAGCGCAGGAUCAUGUUGAUAUCAUUGUGUUUUAUAAUGAAAUAUUCAUACCAGCUGUGAAGCCGUUGUUAGUGGAUCUUGCUCCAGCAACCAUUGCCAAAGCCACUAACCAGGUUUCCGAAGCUAAGAAUAGAGAUGAAGCUCCAUGCCCUGGCUCACCCAAGGUAUCCACAUUCCCCAGUCUUCCUGAUAUGUCUCCAAAGAAGGUAUCUGCAGUGCACAAUGUAUAUGUCUCUCCGUUGCGGUCAACAAAGAUGGAUGCUUUAAUUUCUCAUGGAUCUAAAAGUUAUUAUGCAUGUGUCGGAGAAAGCACCCAUGCUUACCAGAGCCCAUCGAAAGACCUGACUGCCAUUAACAAUCGAUUGAAUGUCAAUCGGAAAGUCAGAGGUACGCUUAAUUUUGACGAGGCGGAUGUCGUGGUGAGUGACUCUUUGGUUGCUAACAGUCUAUAUCUACAAAAUGGGAAUGGUCCAUCCACAUCAAGUGGACAGCUGAAAACUGAAUGAGCCAAAAGAUGUAGUCUAUAGCGUCUGUAUAUAGAGGGGACAGCAGCGUGAAUUUUAUUUGAAACUAGGGAAUGGGGAUAUGGGGAUGGAAUGAGCGGUGAAAUUAUUGUACAGUAGCCGCCACUAACCUCAAUGACCAUGAUGUUGGAUAUGUAGUUCGAUUGACUCUAAUAAAUUUGUUUUUCAUC